UCUCUUUCUCUCUCUCCCAGCUCGCGGGAAAAGCCGCCCCGGGAAACCAGCAAAGAACCCUCGGAACGACGAGGACAAAACCGCACACCAGACCGCGCACGAGAAUGGCCGCCGGCGCCAGACUCCACCCGCCCAGCUGCAGCGCUUCACCCGGUUCAGGCUUCACGUUCCUGUAGAAAUUGACCGCCCGCCAGAGGGGAUAGAUAAUCUUGAAGUGAGGCAAAAGAGGCAAGAAAUUACUCGGGAAUCGCGCUAUGAUUUCGGCGUUUAAUCUUGGCUCCCGAUUCAGCGUGGGGUUAGGGGUCAAAUGCGGGGCCUCCCUCCGAGUCCUUCCAUUCCCAUGGCGCCUGCUAUGAUUUCUUGCCAAAUCCCCCGCGCCGUUGCCUCCCCGAGAGAGUAGAGCAGCAAUCCCCCCCGGGUCGUCUCAUCUCUCUCGCUCUCUCCACUCGCAUCGCUUCCUUCUCCCUCCGCUGCCCUCCCGCAGCCGCCGCCGCCCCGUGGAUCCUCCACUGAGGCGCACGGACGGAAAGAGGCCAAUGGGUUUGGUUCGGUCCAUUGGCUCCAUGUAGGCGCAUGGUUCGCUCACUGCAGAUGCCCUGCCUAACCCCGCAAUUCGUCGCCGGUUGCUGAUCAGUCGAGCUCCUGAUUUGGAGCUUUUUGGGGGAUUUUCUUGGGGGCCCAUGGGCGUGUUUCGUUUGCUGCCCGGUUUGGCCGUGCAUUAAUAGCCGCUUCCUUGUGAUAGUCCUCUCCCUCCCUCCCCUCUCCUCUCGCUCGUGUCCUUGGUUCUGUUCUUGGGAGUGGCAGCCUGGUUCUGGCAACAAGAGUUCUUGGAGAGCGUCCUGCGCCGUUCCGAUGGGUUGCUUCGGGUGCUUCGCACCGGAGGCGGACGAGGGAGACGGGGACCACAAGCCCUCCAAACCCGAUGAUUCAUCAGGGGCUGAUGCGAGGAGAAAGGUGGCGCCGGAUGUGGCCAACGGCUACGCGCACAGCUUCACCUUCAAGGAUCUGCUUGUGGCGACCGGCUACUUCAACGAGGCCAAUUUCAUAGGGGAAGGUGGAUUUGGGAAGGUGUACAAGGGCAAGAUCAAUGGCCAGAUGGUGGCGGUGAAGCAGCUCGCUCAAGAUGGUGUGCAGGGGAGGAACGAGUUCUUGGUGGAAGUUCUCAUGCUGACAGUGCUCAACCAUCCCAAUCUUGUCAGCUUGGUCGGGUUCUGCGCUCAGGGGGACGAGAGGUUGCUCGUGUACGAGUACAUGCCGUUCGGCAGCCUGGAGAGCCAUUUGUUUGAUGUGCCUCUUGGCAAGAAACCACUUGACUGGAAUACACGUGUAAGGAUAGCUGUUGGAGUAGCAGAAGGGCUUUCUUACUUGCACAAUGUAGCUGAUCCACCAGUCAUUUACCGUGAUAUGAAAGCUGCUAAUAUUCUGCUUGGAGAGGAUUUCAGUCCAAAGCUUUCUGACUUUGGACUUGCAAAAGUUGGACCUGUUGGUGACAGAACUCAUGUGUCCACAAGAGUUAUGGGUACCUAUGGCUACUGUGCUCCUGACUAUGUUGUGAGUGGUAAACUUACCAUGAAAUCGGACAUCUACAGCUUCGGUGUCCUUCUGUUGGAACUGAUAACUGGCAGGAGGAUUUACGACGCGUCAAGGCCUAAACCAGAGCAGAGUUUGCUAACAUGGUCAAGGCCAUUUCUGCAUGACAAGAGGAAGUUCUACCGGCUUGCUGAUCCAGCUCUGCUGGGCUGCUACCCGUCAUCAGCGCUGAACCAGUUAGUUGUGAUCAGCAUCAUGUGCCUCCAAGACCAGCCCCAUGUUCGCCCUAUCAUCGCUGAUGUUGUGAUAGGCCUGAACCAUGUCGCAAGCCAGCCAUAUGCCCCUGAACGCCCGCCGGUAGCUAUGAGCUCCCCUGCGAACAGCGGGUCACCGCAAUUCGUCGGCACGCCAUCCAGAAGGAGAGGUGGUAGAAGGAUGGCACAGUAUGCAUAGCCAAGAUUGCAUGCUUGUCUAGAAGAAGAGCAAGAUAUCUCAGUCAGAUGAGACUGAGACUGUUAGGAUUGUUGAGAUUGAAGCCGUCAAAUUCCAUAUAGUCAGAGCCUUUUUGAUUGAGGAAGUGGUCUUGAGUGACCUGCUUGACAGAGUUCUAGUAUCUUCUCUGAGGCUGAUGGUAGGAGUUCAAGCUGACCAUGACUAUUGCUCUUUCCAUGUGCUUUAUUGUUUCCAGUUUUGAAUUCUGUAGCUAGUGUACAUAGGAUCAGUGCCCUCUGUGGGGCGGCAAAAAUGCAUCAGUCCCAAGUAGAAAAGGGGAACAGUGAGACCCUUUUGGGAUGUUCUUCAAGUUAUCAGUCAUGUACAAAGUUCUCCUAUUGUUUGGUACUUCGGUGCAUGUUGGUUAGUAGAUGCAAUAAGUAUUUCACAAUUGCUGGUUAGUUGAAGAGGCAGAAAAACUAUCAAAUGUUGGACAUUUGAUAUUUUUGAGCUGAAUGCUGGUAAAUUUGUAGAGUCAAA